AUGAGGCAACUCAAGUACCACGAGCAGCGUUUGCUGAAGAAAGUAAAUUUCUUUGAAUGGAAAAGAGACAAAACGGCGCGAGAAAAUAAAUUUCUGAAAAAGUAUUUAAUUCAAGACAGAGAGGACUACCACAGGUACAACAAGCUCUGCGGCCUCAUCACCAAACUCGUCGCCGGCCUUCGAAAAAUUCCUCCAGAAGAUUCUUUUCGAAUGAAGAUGACGGAGUUGCUGCUGGACAAGCUGUACCGCAUGGGGGUUGUGAGCCGCCGCGAGGGCUUGGGGGCCGUGGAUGGCUUGGCAGCUUCUGCGUUUUGCCGCCGGCGGCUGCCGGUGGUGCUGCUGCGGCUGCGGAUGGCCACGCAUCUGCAGCAGGCCGUGGAGUACGUGCAGCAAGGCCGUAAGCAGCAGCAGCAGCAGCAGCAGCAGCAGCAGCAGCAGCGGCAGCAGCAGCAGCAGCAGCGGGCGUAG